CAUAAAGGUAGUUCCGUGUUGAAGACGUCUAGUCCACUCGGUAGACACCCAGGAUCGAUGAGAAUGACUCUGUGAACGUCGCUACAGCAUUGUAAGAUCUUCAUUCCAGUUUUCGUCAUGAUUGCGGUAAAAAUUUUGAUAGUGUCAGGCCUCCUUAUCAUGGGUCCAGAGUUGUGCCAGCAGACGAAACCUCACGAUUCACCUCCCCCCAAGAGACCAUCCCCUGAUAGACAUCAUAUUUCAACUGAACAUGGCCCGAGACACCCACCACCUCAAUCUCCAGCCAAUCACAGGAAUGAACAUCUAGUUGCACGCAGCCAUAAAGACCAUCCAUCUCAUUCACGGCCAUUGUCUCCAUCUCCUAUAGGAGGAAGAGCAAACCAUAGGCCACCACCGAAGAAGUAUGUGCAGAAGCAACCGGCACCAGAUCAUCAUAACCCACAGAAAGUGAAUAUUCGACCGACUGAUGGAGGGGUAACUACGAGAUCUGAUUCUGACUCUGAUCCUGAGAAUCCGGAGAAUAAAGUAAAGAAAAAUUCGGAGGGCAAACUCGGUGCAGUUCCGUCGGAUUUGGGGCACUCAUCGUCAGUAAGCUCGGCGUAUUCAACAGGACUGACACCCUCAUCAUCAAUGGGAUCGACAACUUCAACAGGAAGUGAAGAUACAUCCUGGGAUUUCGGAAAGAGAGGAAAACCAGUAGGGAAAUCUAUGCGAACCAAUAGGAAGUCAAAAGAGUGGUGGGAACAGAGUCGGAGUUUUUCGCUGAGCUCUGAUUCGUCCAGCCUCGAUUUGCCGACCAAGGAAGAGAGGCCUUCAUCACCAAAGUCGCCGGAUAGAAUAUCGGACGUAGAAACGUCCUCAACCGAACCUGCAAAGAAAAGACCAGUAGGGAAAUCUGUGCGAACUAGGAAUUCGAAAGAGUACUGGGACAAGGCAUCAAUGUCCUCACUGAGCUCCGACUCUUCACCAUUCUCCUCAUUCCGCUCUGAACCUUCAUCAUUUUCCGAUUUCAGCUCUGUGCCUUCCAGCCCCAGGGAGAGCUCUGAACCUUCCAGCCCCAAGAAGAAGGAGGAAUUAAGUGCAGAGGCGAAAUGCCAUUUGAAGUGCCUCAAUAAAGAAGGGUGGGUCGAUGGUGGAGAGGAGUACGAAAAUGCACAGUUACCGGUCAAGGAUGGAUUCCUAGUUGACGAGGACGGUGUUCCUACAUGCAAAUGCAGAUUUAACAGCCAGUUCAUGUUCUUCCUGACUGGAAGAGGCCUCAAUGUCACGGCUUACAGGGAAUUGGAAGGACAAGAUCCAGUUGGGGCCCGUGAAUGGUUAGGAGAGCAUGGAGUCAAAGUCCACCUGCUCCAUACAAAAAGGCAGAUGUCACGAUCGCCGCCAGUUAAAAUGGCGGAUUUGCCGCCAGCACUCCUGGAGGGAAAGAAACCGCAAUCGGCAUCGAAAAAUGAGCCGGAAUCGUCAUCGAAAAAUGAACCGGUAUCAGCGUACAGGAAACCGGAUAACUGCACCGACAUGUGUCGAAUGGAGUUCGCGUUCAUCAAGCUAAAUGAAACGGAGUUAAAGGCAAACGACAUCCCUUACCCCGGUCUAUACAUCACGACGCCCGUGAACGCUUCCGCCCCGGUACCGGACUGCACUUGCAAAAUCAACCCACGCCUGCUCAAAUAUUUGAGGGUCAAAGGUCACAACGAAACUGAAUUCGUCGAAGCCCACGGGUUACACAAUGAACACCCCUGGACAGGCCGGGUUUGGUUGGGCACCAAACCGCGCGGGUUCCGCGUCUUGUUCCACGAUGCUCCAGAAAGGGUCAAAGGCCCCGCCACACCGGAAAAAGAGACGGGUACCGCCCCCGCCAAACCGGGAAAAGGGAAAUUUACCGCCCCCGCCAAACCUCCGCCGGCCUCCUUCUCCACUACACCGGGGAAAAAAGGGACUUGAUUGAACCACGCUUUCUCAAAUAUUCUGCCGGGAGGAAAACUCUAGUAGCAGAACAAAUUUUUGUUUUUCUAUAAAAAGUCAACACACAUAAAAGUUAAAACACAUCUGUUAUCUAAAUGGUAGUUUUAUAAAAAAAAAAAAAAACGUGUAACGCUUAUAUAAAAAAAUCAAAGUUCA